AUGUUGCAUCACGGAAAUUGCCACUGCGGUCGGCAUCGAUUCGAGCUGCAGGUCGGCGGCGACGACACGACACACGACAAAGACAACCGCCUCCCCACUGUGUCGUGCACCUGCGUCGCAUGCACGAAGCAAGGUUGCAUCUGGCACGUUGUCGAAGACGGUGCAUUGACGACGAAGGCACCGCCAGACAGCACUCCAGACGACGCUCGGCAGCUGUCUGUCUACCGCUCCGGCUUGCUGACGUACGAGUUUUGCCAAACCUGUGGGACAGGCCUGUUCGGAACGCAUGUCAAGGGCCCGCUCAUCGGCAGGCGAUUGCUGAACAUCCGAGCCAUCCGGGACGUGAACCCGUUUGACUACGUGGAGACGCCCACGUCGGACGAAAGCAGCCAUCAAGACGAGGGAGAGACGCCCCCAGAGCGCGCAGGCCUCCUCCCCUCGACCGGCGCCUGCCUCUGCGGUUCCGUGGCCGUCGAGCUGCUCGCGCCGCUGCAGGACAUGCCGCUCAAGGAAGACAACUGCAGCAUCUGCACGCGCAACGCCUGGCUCGGCGCAUACGCGCGCAAAGCGCAGGUCGUCGUGCGCGGCGCCGCACAGCACACGCGCGACUACCAGUUCGGCCCGCGGCGGUUCAUGGGCCACCCGUUCUGCACGACCUGCGGUGCCCACGUGUUUAUGCAUGUGUAUGGCCCGCCGGCCGCGGUGGUGGCACGGCUGCCGCCGGAGAAGCAGGCGCUGGUCCAGCAAAACCUGGACGUGGUGCCGGUCAAUGUGCGGGUGCUGGACGGCAUCCAGGCGCAUUUCGGCCGGCUCGCGGUGACGCGGUCCGACGAAGGGACAGACGGAUACACGGUGGGGUAG